UUUCCGUAAUUCAAUGUUUACAUUGCUUCAUAAAAAACAACUUAGUUAUUAGCAUCACUCGUGAUACAGCCAGUGCAUACAGCAACAAAUAAGAUUAGCUUUGUAGAUUUAUAUAUGUUCAAGAUGUUAUAAUAAUGUCUAAAUCUAAAUACAAGAAAAUACUAGUCUAGAUUAUAGAAAGAUCUAGAUUUGUAGAUCUAUGUUAAAUGUUAGUAUGUUUAAUGGGCUAUCACAAAAACAACUGUCUACUAUUGUCUGAUGCUCCACGGCUAUAAAGACCACUGUAUGCAUGCAUGGAGUAAUAACACAAAUGACCAUUAGGUGCUCGAAGAAGUCUUUACGAAGGAUACUGAAACUGCUUUUGUUUCUGAUAGAUGUUUUGUUUAUUCCCGGACUAUCUUUGGCUGUAUUUGUAUAUUUUCUAGGAGAUAUCCAGCAACUAUUUCAUAUAAAUGUGCCCCACAAGAAGCACACAUCCGGGCAAUCAGUCAACUCCUGGAACUGGAGAGUCGAAAGCUACAGCGACUUCGUCUAUCAUCGCGUCAGCGAUUACGUCACUGAUGACAUCACGAACUUUCUUAUCGCUGCUGCGCCGUGUCACCCACCGGAUAAGCCAGGCAUGAUCUACAAUGGGACAGCUAAUGUGGACUAUGAUGGCCUCUUUCUGAUCAGUACUUCUGCUUCGAAUCUAGAAAACAGACGAAUAUUGAGGCAUCUGUACAAUCGUUAUGACAAUACCAAACCGUACAGGAUCAGGGCUGUGUUUCUUGUUGGUCGGUCCUCGGAUCUGAUUGUGCAGGCCAACAUUGAGAGAGAAGACUAUCAGUUCCGAGAUAUUAUACAGGGGAACUUCACAGACCACUACGCCAACCUGACCUACAAGACCAUCAUGGGCUACCGCUGGGCGAGGCUGUACUGCAGAAAGGUCAAGGUCAUGCUCAAAAUGGACGAUGACGUCUAUCUGGACGUCUUUAAGUUUUUCGAUUACUUUCUACCCAUAAUUCCUCGCAGACGGCGGACUAUCUACGGCUUCCUCAAUUUUCAGCCCAAGGUAUUCCGGGAAGGUAAAUACAAAGUAGACAAGGGAGAGUACGCAAAGAACACAUACCCAGACUUCACCAGCGGCUUUUUCAUUGUGCCCACUCUGGACAUUCUUGACGAACUGUACCAAGUGUCCAAGAUAAUUAGGUUUGUCCACUUGGAAGACGUCUUCACCUACGGUCUGGUGCGUGAAGCCAUGAUCGAUGUCCAGCUGGUACACCUGGAUACAAUCACCUACGAAUGGAAAGUCUACAAAGACUGUGUCAAUGAUUAUAAAUACAGGUGUAAGUAUAUGGCUGUAGAGUCCCCACUCAGCGAGCUGCUGUCUUGUUACGACCAGGUCAUGACAUUCAGACGCCAACUCGGUUUGCCUGGAGGUGCGGAUAAAGAAACACAGCUUCGACACUGAUG